AUGGACGAGUUUGAAGUGUCUUCUCGGGAGAGUAUCUCCGAUCACCACGAGGCCAAUUUACCACCGGUCGACAGAGGCAAACAUGCAUACCUGUUCCUCGCCGCCUGCUUUAUAUUUGAGGCUUUGAUCUGGGGAUUCACUUUCUCAUACGGAAUUUUUCAGGACUAUUACAGCACCCAUGAGCCCUUCAAGAGUUCGGGAGACAUCGCUGUUAUUGGUACCUGUGCAAUGGGCAUUUCGUACAUGUUGCUCCCGGUAGUCUUCAUCUUGCUGCAGGCAUUCCCCCGCAUGAAGUUAUGGGCCGCGCCGAUCGGGUUUCUCAUUAUGUGUCUAGCCCUCUCGAUGAGUUCAUUCGCCACCAACACGGGUCACCUUAUCGUGUCGCAGGGUGUUGCCUAUGGCAUCGGAGCCAGUCUGGCCUAUGCGCCCACCAUCGUUUUCAUGGAUGACUGGUUCGUGCAAAAAAGAGGGCUGGCCUUUGGGAUUAUGUGGGCUGGGACGGGCCUGUCGGGUGUCAUUCUCCCCAUUGUCAUGCAAUGGCUUCUCAACACCUACGGUCACCAAACCGCGCUGCGGGUCUGGUCAAUUGCCCUGAUCAUCAUGGGCGGUCCGCUGCUUUUCUACGUUCGCCCUCGUCUACCAAUCUCCCGGUCUUCUCGUACCCGGCCAUUUGAUUUCCGCUUUCUGUGGGAUACAACCUUUUUGAUUUACGAAACAGGCAACAUUCUCGAGGCGAUGGGCUACUUCCUCCCGACUAUUUAUUUGCCUUCAUACGCACGACACCUAGGCGCAAGCAGUAUUGAAGCCACACUCACGGUCAUGCUGUUCAAUCUCGCGUCCGUGUUCGGCUGCGUGAUCAUGGGCUCGAUGGUCGACCGGUACCACGCCACCACCUGCAUCCUGAUGUCCACAAUCGGCAGUACCAUCGCUGUCUUUCUGAUCUGGGGAUUCGCCGUCAGCCUGGCACCGCUGUACAUCUUCUGCAUUUUCUACGGGCUCUUUGCAGGCUCUUUUACCUCCACCUGGCCGGCGAUCGUCAACGAGAUCAAAAAGAAGAAUACCUAUGUGGAGCCCAGUAUUGUCUUCGGUAUCUUGUCGACCGGCAGAGGGAUUGGAAACAUUGUUAGUGGACCGCUCAGUGAAGCCUUGCUUGACCAACGCCCUUGGCAGGGUAUUGCUGCGAAGGCCUAUGGUUCGGGCUACGGUCCUCUGAUUGUUUUCACCGGUGUUUCUGCAUUCCUGGGUGGUCUCGGGGUCGUUGCGAGAUCGUCGAAGCGCUUGAGCUGA